GAUGCAAAUAUUAUCUCACCACCAAAGUGUAUAAAAAUGCAUUCCACAAGCUUCUGGGUACAUUGGCGAAUAUGGCUCGUUUGGUGUGGUGUGUGUUGGGGCUGCUGGUGGCGGGGGGCCUCGCGGAUCCUGUGAAGCAGGCCCAGCAGAAACCUGCUGAUAAGUCUACUUUGGAACGGCAGCACAAGCUGUUGAUUCUCUUCUACCACAUCCACGAGCCCAAUCAUUUUAAGGAACAUCAAGAAAUAGAAAAUACAUGGGACAUCGAAAAGAAUGCAGAGCAUUAUUCGAACACUACCGUCGUCCAUAUUGUGAGCCAAUUGAUUCACCAUCAAUGGCUUUUGCCAAAGACAGUGCCGUUCUCAAUUUUGGAAAGCACACAUAAAGCUGAGGCUCAGUUUAUGUUCAACCUUCUUUACUCAGCUAAGGACUUCGAUACUUUCUACAAAACAGCUGUAUAUUUGAGGUGUCAUCUCAAUGAAUAUUUGUACGUGUAUGUCUUGUCGACUGCAAUCUACCAUCGCCAUGAUACACAGAAUAUUAUCGUGCCACCACUAUACAACAUCAUUCCUUCAUUCUUCCACAAUUCUGAAGUCAUGACCACCGCUCAAAGAGUCGCUGUUCACGGAAAACGUUUCGUUGAACAUUACCCAACUACUCGGCUUUGGGAUGACAAUGUUGUUAUUCACAUGAAUGAAACAGUUUGGCCUUAUGAUGAUGAGGAAAUGACUAUUGCCUAUUUCACCCACGAUGUUGGCCUUAAUUCAUUGUACUACAACACUCAUAUGACGUAUCCUUUCUGGAUAGGAAGGGAAACCUGCCCUUUGAUAAAGGACAGACGUGGUGAAUUGUUCUGGUGGUGGCACAAGCAACUUUUGACGCGUUACUACAUGGAGAGACUUUCGGUCGGCUUAGGAGAAAUUCCUGAACUUGAUACGAGUCUUGUGCUCGAAGGAUACAGGUCUGGUUUGACGUAUAUGAACGGGAUUCCCUUCCCGUACAGGCCUGACCAUUACCACUUGGAUGCACCUUGGAUCCUACAAGCGCUUCAGAAAAUCGAAUUAUAUGAAUACCGUAUCGAUGAAGCUAUUAGCAAAGGUCAUUUAUACAACGAAGACCUUAACUACGUCAAUAUCCGAACUCCUGAUGCAAUUGAUGUGCUGGGUCGUAUUAUUGAAGCAAACGUAGAUUCUCCUAAUGUGCACUACUACCAGGACUUCAUUACUCUAUGGAAGAGAGUGUUAGGUGGUGCUCAUGUGACAAAUCCCGUGAAUGUGCAAUAUCAUAAUGGAAUGAUCCCCUUGGUUGUACCUUCAGUCUUAGAGAACUAUCAGACUGCUCUCCGCGAUCCAGCGUUCUACAUGAUCUGGAAGCGCGUCCUCCAGAUCUUCCAGUCCUGGCAUGAAACCCUCCCAUUGUACACCCACGAUGAACUUGCUCUGCCUUCCGUUCAGAUCCAAAAGGUUGACGUAGACAAGCUCGUCACCUACUUCGAGUACACGCAUAUUAAUGUUACCAACCACCUACACCUGAACGAGUUCGAAUAUCAACAUGGUUACGACACCAAGAGUGUUCUUGUCCAACGUCCCCAACUAAACCACAAGAUCUUCACCGUUCGCGUCAAUGUCAACAGUGAAAGCAAAAAACACGUCACUGUAAGAUUCUUCUUGGCUCCCAAAUAUGAUAGCAGAGGCAACGAAAUCCCUCUCGUUGAGAACACGCAAAACUUCUUCCAGUUGGACGAGUUCGACUAUGUCUUGCAACAAGGUGAUAAUGUGAUUACCCGUGUCUCUAACGAGAAUAUGUACGGCCUCGACCCCCUGCAAGGCCAAGAGCUAUUCAGGAAAGUUGAAGAUGCUCUGAACGGUGGACAAUUCAUGUGGGAUGUGCAGCAUAAACCUGAUGUCUUCUUGAAUAGACUGAUUUUGCCUAAAGGUCGCGUCGGUGGCAUGCCUUUCGUCCUGAUGGUUUACAUCUCCGAAUAUAGGGCGCCCAACGUAGUCUAUGGCACCGGUUUCGAUCCUGUGUCCUCCCUUGGACUCGGUACCGGAGCGAGACGUCUCACAGCCGACCCUCUUGGUUUCCCGGUAGACAGACCUCUGCACUUAUGGCAGGUCACAGGAAUACAGAACAUCUUUUUCCAGGACGUUGUCAUUCACCACAAACAUACGCCAGAAAUUCCUAUCCAUCCAUUCUAGAAUCUUAAUGAUGAUUCAGAUUCUUAUGUAACAAUACCUUUUUUUUUAACUGCCACAGAUGGUAAUUCUAAGUUUUUUAUUACGUAUACAGUCAGGGUGACAAAAUACUAAUUGACGUUAUAAUGUAUGUACGAAUUUUCUAUUUUAUGUUUAUUGUUUUCUUUGUUGUUCAUUCGACAUAUGUACCAAAGCACAUUAUAAAGUACUUACAUAGGAUAAUGUGUUCCUUUUUUGUAGUAUAGUUUAAUAUUUGUUAAAGGAUCAAAUUAGCUAAUUAUAUCCUUCGCGGCAAUGACUACUGUCUCCUUAGAAGUUCUUCGUAAAAGUUAAAGAAAACGUCUAUCAUAAGCUCUUAUUGACCGAAAAAUACGUUAUGAAUUGAAGUAUGUAUUAUAAUAUUGUAUAAGCUAUCUUCUAGAUAUAUUUUACAGUAGAACCUUUGAUAUUAUAUGCAUGUUCUAUUAAUAUGAUGUAUGUCCAUUAUAUAUAUUUUUUAAUGUCUUUUACUAAGACCUCAAUCUUUAUAGAAUAUUUUUUUACAGAAUAAGCCUAGAGAAAGUGUAUCUAUAAUAAUAAAUAAAUCAUAUUGUUCAGCUGAAUCAAAAGUCUUAAGAGCUAUUGAUAUAUG